CACCCCUGUGGAGACAUCCCUUGUCGGGGCCGGCGGCUGCAGAGUAGAGAGAGGCAACGGCAGUGGCUACAGUGGACAUCAUGGAGCGGGUGUUGAGAUUAUCGCCGCCGCUGCUGCUGCUGCUGCUGCUGUUGUGCGGGGCCGUUGUCCGGAGCGACGAAGCUGUAGAUUGUGGUGAACCACCAAGACUAGAGAACGGGAUCCACAUUGGGAACGACUACAGCUUUCGCCAAUGGGUCCAUUACCGCUGCAAUAAAGGCUACGAGCUGUUUGGCAGUUCACGGAUACUCUGCACUCAUGUGGGAUGGUCCAAGUUCAACAUUCGGUGUCAAAUAAUACAGUGUGGCCGUCCACAACCAGUGGCCAAUGGUGCUGUGUGGCCGCGAGGAGAGGGGACGUACGGACAACAGGCCGAUUAUUCCUGUGAUCGGGGCUACACCUUGACUGGAGAAAGAACCAUUACCUGCACCGACACUGGGCACUGGAGCCACCCCGCCCCCAACUGUACAGUAAUACGGUGUGACUGUCCACAACCAGUGGCCAAUGGCACUGUGUGGCCGCGAGGAGAGGGGACGUACGGACAACAGGCCGAUUAUUCCUGUGAUCAGGGCUACACCUUGACUGGAGAAAGAACCAUUACCUGCACCGACACUGGGCACUGGAGCCACCCCGCCCCCAACUGUACAGUAAUACGGUGUGACCCUCCACAACCAGUGGCCGAUGGCACUGUGUGGCCGCGAGGAGAGGGGACGUACGGACAACAGGCCGAUUAUUCCUGUGAUCAGGGCUACACCUUGACUGGAGAAAGAACCAUUAACUGCACCGACACUGGGCACUGGAGCCACCCCGCCCCCAACUGUACAGCUGUAAAUUGUGGUGAACCACCAAGACUAGAGAACGGGAUCCACAUUGGAGACGACUACAGCCGUCCCCGCAGCAAUAAAGGCUACGAGCGGUUUGGCAGUUCACGGAUACGCCGCACGGACGAGGGAUGGACCAAGCGCAACACUCGGUGUCUAAAGAACAUCGGUAAUCAAAGUGGCCGCAAGACCAAUACAAUAGCUGGAUAUAAAGCAGCGACCAUUGGUGGUGGCAGCAUCGGUGCUGUUGCUGCCGUCGUUGUCGCCGCCGCCCUUGUCACCGCAGGCCUCGUUGCCCUCGGUGUCUACAUCAACAAUCGGAAAACACGAUCCUAUUCGUUUGGAAAAAGAUUCAAAGUUGGCGAAGAGCCUUCUAUCUCCAACGACAGCAGUGUAACGACUCCACCUCAGACGUAUAUCUCUCCUCCGUUAACGACAAAAUAGAACUUAAUUCAUCCCAGGAGGGAAAUUAAUGGAUGAAAAGUGUGGUCGAGGGGAAUUGGGAAUCACUUAUUUGGGGAAGGAGAUGAGGAGGAAUUUCUUUAGUCAGAGUUAAGUCAAGUCAAGAGUUUAUUGUCAUGUGUCCCAGAUAGGACAAUGAAAUUCUUGUUUUCUGCAGCACAACAGAAUAUUGUAAGCAUAAAUACAGAACAGUUCAGUUCAAUAUACACAUAAAUAAACAGAU